AUGGUCGGUAUGCAGAACACACGUCUCCGUCGCGAGAGAUUGACGGUGUUGAUUGUCGAUACGGCGUCGUAUCUGCGUAUCCCGAUGACGAGCAUCCCGAUACUUUACAGCUCGCCAAUGCCACACGAACGGUUCCUUUCUGCGAUCUCCUCCGCGUCGUUGGAGUAUGCACCCUCAACCCCCGCGCCUGCGUACAGCGAGUGCGAAAAGAGCGAUCUGUGCACUGCUCCUUCGAAGGCACCGCAGAUCCACCGCACCUCUGCGAGAGAAUGCGUCGCGAGCUGGAGUUACCGGACUAUGCUCUACAGCUCUGAAACCGAGACAGACGUGCACGCCGUUUCAUGCGCGCUGGCGUCCGCAGGCACAGCGGGCGUGCUUUCUGCAAUCAGGCUGUGGAAUCCGGCGCUUGUGCUCGUGAGGGUGCCGUGUGCGCUGGAGGAGAAGCGGGUGGAGAGUAGGCUCGAGAAGGUAUUUCGGCUGACGCGGGGGGUCGGGGUCAAGACUGCGGUAGUGGUUGAUGCGCGCGGGGGUGGUCGAAAGUCUGGGAUCAGCUUCAGCUUCGAGUCGCGACGGAAGCUUGCGCGCGUGCGCGAUCUCGCGGAGAUGGCAUGGCACUCGCAGCGCAGCAGCAGCAGCAGCAGCGCCGACGCGCCGCGACGGCUGACGGCGGUGGUGGAGCUCGAGAAGGUUGAGGAGCUGCAUGAGUUUCUGUACGGUUUUACGCGGCGGUGGGUGGCGCGUCGGAUGCAGAUCUUGCGGGGACAGAGGCAGGGGAUGAAGGUGCGGGAUACAGGGACGCGCAGUUUGGCGGCGAAGGAGGAGGGUAGGGCUGCUGCUAGACCGACGACGACGACGACGACGACGACGACGACGACGAGGCUGGAGAGGUGGUCGUUGAGGAAUGAGGUUCGGAUGUGUGAGACUACUUGUUUGCCUUUGUUUUACGUGACCUCGAACGUGCAGAGAUCGUGGAGGAGAGCGGCGCGCGGGGGGUAUGAGAUUGAGCUGUUUGGGCACGCGGGGUGCUUGCAAGUCAACCAGAGCUACCUGCUUGGGCCGUGCAGCGCGGGCUCACGGGGGGAGCUGUUCGCGCAGGUCAAGAUCAAACAGAUCCUGUCGUCGCAGCGGGCGAGUUGCGCUGCGGUAGACGCGCUGGAGCCGGUGAAGGUAAGAGUCGAACUCACCGCGCGACCGCCUAAUCUCCUCAGAGCCCCGAAACUACUAUGGAAGCCCUACAUCGCCCGCGGUGCGCGAAUCAUCCAACAGCAGCCACGACCACCUACACGUCUACAAUCCGUCCUUCUCGAGCUCGACCGCCGCGCAGCAGACGAUCUCUGCGCAGGCAGCGACGCAACGCUCGUCUACGCCGGCCGCCACGAGCGCGCAGCCGUGAUCUUCUGGGCCGACACCCCCGCGCGCGUCGCCGCGAUCGCGCUCCCAUCCAACUCACGCACAUCCGGUCUGAUCCCAGGCGAAUCCGUCGGGUUGCUCGACGGCAGCUGGCGAUGGUGGGGCGUCGGCGGUUCGGUCUGCGUCGGCGGCCGCGUUGUCGCCGAGAGUCCGGCGAAAUGA